AUGAAAUACUUUACCUUGUUUGUUUUCGCUGUUCUGGUGGUGGCGGUUUCCUGCCGUCCCGACAAACCAGAUAUCAAGCAGUUGAAAGCCGAGGCAGCACGUAAAAAGGCUUGUGUUCACGACUGCACCAAUGUAAAGUUCGAUCCAAUUUGCGCUGGCAAAAAGGGGGAGAAGCCCAAGUCGUUCGGCAGCGAGUGCGUAAUGAACAACUACAACUGCGAACAUAAGGACACCUUGCAGAAGAUCAGCAAUGGUGAAUGCCAAGGGUCAGAAGGAAUCCGUCUUUCUUAA